AUGGCAUCCCUCAGGAUGCGCAGCAUGACACUGGCAGCAGAGAAUGAGGCGCUCAGGGGUCAUGUGCAGCAUUUGCAGGAUGAACUUGCCUCUUUCGAGCGCAACGAUCAGGCUCCAAGACUUGCUGCCUCCUCCUCGGCAGACGUGCACGAUUCAGACCUGCGCGCUCAAUUGGAAAGGCAACGCCUGCUUGAGGAGGUCUCCUCAGCAGCUCGUGACUUGGCCACAGAGAAUGAGUCGCUAAAGUAUGAGGUGACAGGGCUGCGUGCCGCCAAUCGGAACCUCACAAAGGAGGUGACUGGCAUGAAGGACCGGCUGAAGACAUUGCAGGAGCUCUACUUGAGGGCCACAAGGACGAGUCAGGGCCCUGCAGCAGCCAGCGCCUUGGACUUGCGGCUGGAUGCGGUGAAGAAGGCGGAGGGGUCCCUAGACCAGGCGACACGGGAGAAGCAGGAUCUUUCGCAUGCGCUGGCAGCAGAGAAGCGCCGCGCGCUCGGCAAGGGCGGCGAUGCACGCCUGGGCAACCUGGCUCAGCGGGUGCAGAUCCUGGCUCAGCAGGUUAGGCAGAAAGAGGAUGCGUUGGCAGAGAAGGCGGCGUACGUGGCCAAGCUGGAGUGGCGGCUGCUGAGCCAGCAGAAGGCGCUCCAGGCAGGCCAUGCUAAAAAGCCGCCACUGGGACGGCCCACGGCACCUACCGCCAAACUGGCUCUGCUCAGGAAGCCCCGACUGGCAGGUGUGGCAGACGGAGCAGGCGGUAGGGCCGCAGCUCCACUUGCAAAUGCAGCUGCUCGUCAGCCUGUCUCAGCUGCUCCGCGCCUGAGACAACCGGCAGGCACGCAGCUCGUGCCCCCAGAAGGAUUUACCGGGGAGCCACGAGGACCGCCUGUGAGCAAGAGCGAGCAGUCGGGCUCUCCUGGAGCACAACAUGAUGAGCAGGCAGGCAGCAACAUGCAUAGUGCAGCAGAGGCUCAGCACAGCAGCAUUGCCUCAGGUGCCAGCAGGGCUUCCAGGCCCUCUGCCAGGAAGAGCCUGUUCUCCACGCCCCAGCCUGCCCACUCCGGGCAGCGGCCGGGCAGCCCGGAGCCUGCUCGCAUGCAGCACCCUACGCCGCAGGUGGCACCCACGCCCACCUACAUUUCCAGGUCGCAGCAGCAGGAGUCUGAGCUGAGCGCGGGCGUCGUGGACAGCCACCGCACGGCGGUGCAAGCCUCCCCGGCGGUCAGCGAGAUGGUGUACGAGCUGCGGCCCGCCACUGCGCGCACCGGCCAUUUUCCUGCGCAUCUUGAGGACGAGCGGGAAGGCUACGCCAGCAGCAGUGGCAGCCACCAGCAGCCGGGUUCGGCUGGACCCGACAGCCAUCGUGCGCGCGAUUGGGCAGCAGACACCGGCAUGCCAUUGUCGCCUGCAGAGCCUGAUGACGCUGCAUGGCAGCAGGACAGGGGGUAUACAGCAGGGGCCAGUGUGGGGCAGGUUGGCAGCGCUGAGGGGGCAGGUAGCUCGCUGCCCGAUUACUCAGGGUUCUCCUCGGAGAUGCGCGCUGCCGCCCAGGCCACGGCUGCGGCGCUCCUCGCCGAGUCUACCAGGCAGGGUGACUCAGCGCGGCAUCAGGCGGAGCAAUCGACUGGGAGGCAGAUCUCACCGGCAGGAGGGCGCAGCAGUGGGUCCUCUGGGCAGAUCAGGGCAGACUGGGGCGCUGCCUCAGCCGGCCUUGGAGCAGAUCAGUUCCAGUAUGGAGACAGGCAGGACAGCCAGGAGGGUUACUUGAUGACACUGGAUGAGCUGGAGCAGCAGAUUGCAGCGCUCAACAUGACGCUGGGAGAUGAGGAGGGCAUGGGCCCAGAGGGGAGCCAGACUUCACAAUGCACCAGUCCCGCUCAGCGCUGCCCGAGCGGCGUAAGAGUCAGCAGAACCUGGGCGGCUGGCUCUGCAUGUCUCCUACCAAGUAAAAGCAUGGGAGGUUAA